CGCUGCCGGGGGGACGGCGGCGGCGGCGGACCUUCCUCGUCUUUUGCCUUCUCCUUUGCCUUCUCCUUCUCCUCGUCCUCGCCUCCGACACAAUUAUGGCUGCUACAGUGAACUUGGAGCUGGAUCCCAUUUUUCUGAAAGCCCUGGGCUUUUUGCACUCAAAGAGUAAGGACUCUGCUGAAAAGCUGAAAGCACUUCUUGACGAGUCGUUGGCCAGAGGAACUGACUCGAGCUAUCGUCCCUCUCAGAAGGAAGUAGAGCAACCAAAAGUAUCUGUCACCAAACCCAUAAAGCAAGAGCCCAAAGCUUCAUCCAGUUUGCCUUCUGGCAACAACAAUGGCAAGCCCACUGCAUCAGAAAAGGUGAAAAAAGAAACAGAAAAGAGAUCUGCAGAUAAAAUGAAAGGGGAACCUGCUGAAGGAGCUGAUGCACCAAAGAAGCCCAAAGUAGAGAAGCAAGAGGCUCGUUCCUCUCCUAUUACAGUUCAGACAAGCAAGGAUUUAUCCAUGCCUGAUUUAUCUAGCUUUGAGGAAACCAGUGCUGAUGACUUUGCCAUGGAAAUGGGAUUAGCCUGUGUUGUUUGCAGGCAAAUGACAGUUACUUUUGUGAAUCAGCUAGUGGAGUGUCAGGAGUGCCAUAAUCUCUACCACCAGGAUUGCCAUAAACCUCAGGUGACAGACAAGGAAGUGAAUGAUCCUCGACUUGUCUGGUACUGCGCCCGCUGUACCAGGCAGAUGAAGAGAAUGGCUCAGAAGACACAAAAACCACCUCAAAAACCAGCUCCUGCAGUGGUUUCAGUUGCACCAGCUUUGAAGGACCCAUUGGUCAAGAAACCAGAAAUCAAGUUAAAACCUGAGACCCCACCAGCUUUUCUGGCAUUCAAGAGAACAGAAGUCAAGACCUCAGCAGCAGUUUCGGGGAACUCUGCCAGUACAAGCGUUUCCUCUUCAGCAACGAGUGGCCUUACAGGAUGGGCUGCUUUUGCAGCCAAAACCUCCUCUGCCAACCCAUCAGCUGCCAAACUGGGAUCGACAGCGCAGAGUGCCGGCGGGAAACCUGCGGCUUCCUCAAAUAACCAGAAACCCGUGGGUUUGUCAGGGCUGGCGACUUCAAAAACGGGACUGGGGGCCAAAAUAGCUUCUGCCAACAACAGCACCAACCCCGUUCAGCUGAAGCCUCCCCCGCCGCUGACCCUGGGCAAGACGACGCUGAGCCGCUCGGUGAGCAGCGACAACGUGAGCAAGGCCGGGCUGCCCAGCCCCAGCAGCGCCGGCCCCAGCUCCGGCAGCGGCAGCGGCCCCGCCGGCGGGAACGGCAGCGGCUCCGCCGGGAGCGGCUCCGGCAAAGCCGCGCCCGACACCGGCAGCCAGCCUGCACCCCUGAAGGGCCCCACCUCGCAGGAGUCCCAGCUCAACGCCAUGAAAAGGCUGCAGAUGGUCAAGAAGAAGGCUGCUCAGAAGAAGCUCAAGAAGUAGUCUGGCCCCUUGCUGAUGGUGUUGGUUGCAUUCCAUGAGAUGGCGGCGCUGGUGUUUUUCCUAAAGAAAAUCCUCCAGGUGCUGGACUGAAGGAGGUUAAAUCAGGGAAACCCAAACCCUAUGUUAUACAGAAGGUCAAACUUUAAUAAUUCUGGUAUUCCUUCUGUCUUUGCAAAUCUGUGAAUUGAAUAUGUUAAAGGAAUUCAUUAUUACAUGCUCCUGGUUUUGUAGCUCAAAGCACUGAAACUUGAAAUGGUAAAAGUUGGGUAUUUUUUAAUAUUAAAACACCCACAUUUGUGUAGAUACUUAAUAAAUUGAACUGUCAUUCUUAAAUGUUAAUAAUAAAAUGAUUAUUAAUCUGGGAA